AUGGUGAAAAGAAACAUCUUUAGGAAUGGUUUUAUACACAACAAUGCAAUCAAUUUGGCUUUCCUUAGAGCACUUCUUGCGCUGGAGGCUGGCCUGGUCAAAAGAGUGCCUAAGCCCCAAAUCGCGAUUCCAGCGGGCCAAAGCAGUCCAGGCAAUGGUGGGUCAAUAAACCGGGCAAGUCCACAAGUAAAUCCAACCUAUGUUGUUGGAGUGCUUCUAUAG